AUGUCUCAGCCUGCCUCUCAAAGCAAUGGACCAAGAAGAUACCGAACCGAAGCAUCCAAGAUUACAGCGAUCCUUGAUCUCAUGUCCGAAAUGGACCACGAUCCCAAAUCGUUCAUGAUCUCCUUUCUCCGCAUUAAGAACAAUCAGGCGGCUGUCCAGAGAAGAUAUUGGCGUACCCCGAGAGGUUGGGAGGGCACCUCGGCUAUGAUAGAUGCGAUUCGUGAUUUCAUCUGCACAGAUCAAACAGGAAAAGCCUUUUGGGAAGAACAAAUGCUUUCCGAGGCCACCAGGAUUGUAGUGCGUCAAAGACCUCCUAGCGGUAUUUUUCCUGAAGGCGGUUACUACAGUACAAAGAAAAUCACUCCGGAGUUUUUUGACGAUGACAAACAAGAUAUGCGAGAGGAGGAACUCACUCGAACCCAUACACCUUUCUUAUUCAACCUACUCUAUAACAAGAUGACUCAGGGAAGGAAAAAGCAAUCCGUUGAAGAAGAAGACAAAGACCCGAAUGGUUUUGAACAGCUUGAAAAUGAAGACCAAGAGUUGGAUACAAAUACAAACAGUGAUUUUUUCCGGGAAACUCUUGUGGCACCAAUCCACUUAGAUCAUCACACAAGAGCAAAAAAGACAGCCACAGUUGCAUGCUCAAUGGUGUCCUUUAUUCUUAAUCGACGAAUCAAUGGAAUGCAAUUAGCAAAUUCUCUGACCUUUCUAGCCUCUGGGGUUUCAGAUCGAGUCAAUCACUAUUUAAAUUAUAUUGGGCUGGCGUCAUCACGAAGAACAGCUCAUCGUUCUCUGGAAGUCCUUGGUUUGCAUGCAGAAAAAGUUAUCAAAAAGAAGAUGUCGCAAUCAGAAGCUCAAAUCAUGCCCCCGUUUCUUUGCAUUGACAACCUGGAUUUCGAGCAACGAGUCCACGCAAAGUCCCUCGGACACACAAGUAAGAUGUUUCAUGGGACAUGGGGUUACAUACAUCAUUUAAACCCCAUGCUAGUUUCAUCAGUUCCAGCUGGCGACCUAUCUCUCGAAAGUUACACUGCUUCGAUGAAAAACGCAGCCGAUAUCGAUGUUACUCCUACCAUGUUUCUUGCAUCAAAAGACGAGGAGCAACAUUGGACGAGCGUCUUGAAAUGUCAGAUUGCAAAAGUGAUCCUUGAAUACAUUGCCAUCCCCUCCGACAAAGAUUUUCCAAUCCCCUCAAGCCCACCAGUUGUUGAACAAAUAUCGCACAACCGCCCAGACAUAACCAUGCUCAAGCUCAUGGUCGCAUCAGACAACUCAGCGCAAGGAGUUGAGGAUGUAUGCACCGGCAUCAUCCAACAGACAAAUCUCAGCAAAACACAGUUCUACAACCGUCUUCUCAUGCUUGAUGGCGAUUUAGGCACAUGUGUCAAUGUAAAGUGUCUUCAGAACCAGCGGUUUCCUAGCUCACAUGUAGAAAACAGCCUUGACAACAUCUGUACUCUUCUCGGUGGAGCACACACCCUAUGGAACAUUGGCCAUGCAAUCUACACCAAACACUUCGGGAAUUCUUCAGACUCGCGCGAUUCAGGAGCCUGGAGGUACCUGGAAUCACUUGGAAUUCCAUCACGUAAAACCCUUGACAAGAAGGACUUUACUCUGAUGAUAGAUAACAUGAUCAAAAUCCAUGAAGCUACACUUGUGCACUGUAUCAUGCUUGUGAUGGGAAAAGAAAACAUCUCAUUGGAUCCUGAACCUCAAUCACUCCCAUCAAAGGAUAUUGUUUCAAUCAUCAAUUCCACCUACACUCGAUUUUUCUCAGCAAAAUCAAGGGUUGAUGCAAGCAAAAGGCCAUCACCAAAGCUCUCAAAUCUCCAGUUGCGACUAUUUGACUUUGCUUCGGUUUGCGAAGCUAACGCAGCCAUGAAGGCUGGAGAUAUUGGCCGAGUAAUGUUCAUGUGGAAGCGCUGGGCUGUAAUGGCACAGGGUAUCAAAAAACUCUCAAACUACGCUGUACACCUUCCUAGAAUGAUAGUUUUAAUGAACGAGAUAUUACCUCCUGAAUUACUCUUUGAAGUAUUUCUUCAACUAUUCUGGACGAGGAACCGAAAUCAAAAGACUGAAAGAUGUUUACUCAGUCAACAUACCUUUGGUACAUGA